AUGGAAAAAAGAGUAAAUGAAUUAUAUCAACGAGCAAAAGCAGAUGAAGAUUUUAUUACAAUCUCACAACUGGCAAAGGAAUACCAAAUUCCAGAUGAGCUCAGAGUUGAAUUAUAUGAAUAUUUAAUUCCAAAAGUAGAUGGUAUUGAGUGUAAGGUACAAAGAGAAAUGGGAGAACUUAUCACAAUUGAAGAAUAUCUCACAAAGUUUGAAUUAUCAAAAGAUAAAAUUGAUGACGCAAAGAAGACAGCACUAUAUCUCAUUCAUACAAACCCAUGUCAAUACUAUGAAGAGAUUGUUUUAUUUGUGUUGGUUAUGGAAAAAAUUAUGGGAAGAAUCGACUUACCUUUUAUACAGAGGAUUUAUAAUAGCUAUAUGGGAUUUUGCAUUAAUUUACUUCCACGAGGAUGGCAUGGAUUAUUAUCAUUAACACAUAUGAUCUUGUUAUAUUAUUUCCCUGAUGUUACUAUUCAUCUGGAUAAAAUGAAAUUGACAACGGAUAAAUUACUUCGUCGAUUCAUUUUUAAUUUAAAUGUUAAAAUGUGUAAAGACUUUAAAGCAAUUCUGACUCUUUUAGAUGGAAUAUUCACAUUCCAAAAUAAAAAUCUUUAUUUCUAUAUGAUAGUUGCUAUUUACGAAGACAUGGGAAAUCAAUUGAAAACACUUCAGACACAAGAAGAGGUUCUUAACUUUAUCACAUCAAAAAGUUAUACAUCUGAUGAAAUUAAGAUUCUUCUCUCAAUUGCUAAAUGUUAUUUAGCCAAAAGUCCAGCCUCCUUUAAUGGAUUAAUUAAUGGGUGUUUGAAUAAUACACCUCAAUUCAAACAAUGGUACACUGCUAACAUUUCAGAAGCAUUUGUUGUCUCACUGACACCAACCGAUAUUGUAAAUUACACCCUACUAUUUAAACAACCACUCCAAAUGAUAGAUGUUCGAUCAAAUGAACAGUACCAACAAGGACAUUUAACACAUGCAAUUUCAUUAGAGAUUGAUAAUCAAAAGAAAGAAAAUAUAGAAAAAAUAUUUUCAGAAUUGACACAGAAACAACCUGUAGUGUUCUACGCAUCUGGAGAAGGAAGUAAUCCCACAGUAAAAGAAAUGGCUAUCUUGUGCUAUGAACUAUACAGUAGAGGUUAUAAGAGAGUAGGAAUUAUGGUUGGAGGAUAUAAAAUGUAUCAUAAAUACUUUAUUGAAGGGAGCUUAGGAUUUGAAAUAGAAAAUCAUAAUACACUGAAAUGUCCUGCAUGUCUUGGUGUCACAGGAGGAUUAUUUUCACGAUUUAAAAGAGGAGAAGUAAAGGAGAACACAGAAGGAAUUAGAGAUGAACGAAAGAAAGAUGGAGAGAAAGAAAAAAAGGAAAGCGACAAAGAAGAAAAACAAGAGAUUAAAGGAGAGACAGAAGGAAAAGAAGACGAUGGGAAAAUCAAAGUAGAAAAAGAACAAACAAAGUCAAGAUGGGGAAAUUCAUUCAGGCAAACACUACGAUGGCUAACAGAAGAACCUAAUAAGGAAAAAAAGAGUGAUGAAGAAAAGAAAGAAGAAACAGCAGAAAACCAAGAAGAAGAAAAACAAGAAGAAAAGAAAGAGGAAAAGAAAGAGGAAACCCAACAAGAAGAGGUCGUGGUAUCUAUCGACACAGACUCAAUUAAGAAAUCAGUAAUGAGUUGGUUAGUUGGAAAACCAAAAGAACAAAAGAAAGACGAAGAAAAUAAAAAAGAACAAGAAACAAGAAUUGAAAAAGAAGAAACAAAGGAAGUAAGUAAAGAGUUAGAAAAGAAAGAAGAAGAGAAGGAGGCAAUUGCACUUGAAGCAGAAAGAAAGAAGGAAUUAGAAAAGGAAAAGCAACCAAUAGAAAUAGAGCCCCAAAAGAAAAAAGAAGGAGAAGAGAAAUUAACUGAAGAAAGAAAAGUUAAAGAAGUAGAUAUUGAGGCACAAAAGAAAAAAGAGGAAGAAGAAAAAAGAAAAGGUACUGAAGAAGAGGAAAAGAAAGCCAAGGAAACAGAAGAAAUAAAGCGUAAAGAAGAAGAAAAACGACUUAAGGAGGAAGAAGAAAAAAAGCGUAAAGAAGAAGAAAGAAAACAGAAAGCAGAAGAAGAAGAAAGACGACACAAAGAAGAAGAAGAAAGACGACACAAAGAAGAAGAAGAAAGACGACACAAAGAAGAAGAAGAAAGAAAACAGAAAGCAGAAGAAGAAAGAAAACAGAAAGCAGAAGAAGAAAGAAGACGUAAAGCAGAAGAAGAAAGAAAACGUAAAGAAGAAGAAGAAAGACGACACAAAGAAGAAGAGGAAAAAAAACAGAAAGCAGAGGAAGAAAGAAGACGUAAAGCAGAAGAAGAAAGAAAACGUAAAGCAGAAGAAGAAAGAAAACGUAAAGAAGAAGAAAGAAGACGUAAAGAAGAAGAAAGAAGACGUAAAGAAGAAGAAGAAAGACGACACAAAGAAGAAGAGGAAAAAAAACAGAAAGCAGAGGAAGAAAGAAAACGUAAAGAAGAAGAAGAAAGAAAACGUAAAGAAGAAGAAGAAAAAAAGAGGGCCAAAGAAGUAGCUAUUGCUAAAGCCAAAUCAGUAAACGGGUAUUGUGAAAGUUUAAUGAAAGAGAAUAAACAAUUUAAGUGCGUAAGGUGUAAAGGAAAAAGCAAAGAAGAGGCUAUUUGUUUAGUUAGUAAAGAGGCAGUUGUUGUAAUAACUCAAGAAAGAGAACAAUGGGAAAUUAAAGACCAAGUCAUGUUAGACGAUAUAACACAAAUUGUUAAAGUCACUAAAAUUAAAGGACAAAUCCGAAUUAAAUAUGGAGGAGGAGAAAAAGAAAAACACAUUUCACUGAAUCUCGGAGAUUUUGUAGAUGAUUUUAUCAAAGAAGUCAACUCUAAAGCAAACUAA